UCAUAUUGAUCUACUGACACACAAAUCAUGGACAGUAUUAACAGUGAUUGCAUCAGCCUCCCAGGUUAAGCUCGCACUUCACUUCUACCGGUCAACUUUGUUUUUACAUUUUUAAUUAAUUAAUUGACACAUGAAAAAAUUAAACAAAACAUAUUUCUAAAUUCAAUGUACACUUAAGGCUACACUAUGUAAGAUUUUUUUUUGCUAGAAAUGAAAUUGCAUUAAUGAGCAAGUACGCCAAUAAUCCAUCUUCCAAACCAUGUUUUUUCCUUACCCCGAUUCACUAUGGUAAGCCUGUAAUAAUUAUUUAUAUUUUAGAGCUAUCGGGAUGGAUUUGGCUGGAAAUUGCAUACUUCCGUCAAUUGUCCGGGCGUGUUUACGUCAUGUCCGUAAAUAAAAAAAAAAAUAAAAUCCAGCUACUACAGCACGUGUAUGUACGCUGAUAGGUUCGGUAGUAGUUUAAAGCUGAAAGCUUGUAGCCACAACAAAUGAGCGACAUUGACCAUGGAUCAUUCAAAAAGGCAACCCUUUGGGGAAUCACAUGUUUUCAAAAUAAAGAAACCUUGAACAGAGAAGAGUCUGCAAGCAAAAAGGGAAAGCGACAGAGCACAUAAUAAUAAAACACAAAACAACAUUGGAUUGGCAUUUCAGAGGUGGCGACAACUCCGAGAACUUAAAGGAUUUAAAACCGACCCAGAGAUGGAGUUUUUCUUGCUGGACAGAGCUGAUGGGAGUGAAAGAGGAAAGUCAAGAGCUGAAUGAAGUGGAGGAGAAACUUCAGUAUCAGAAACAUCAUGAUUUCACAACUGGAGAAAAAUCUUUGAGUGACUUAAAGACUAAAAAUAAUUUUUCACCAAAAAAGCCUCAGAGAAGAGCAGCCAAGAAAUCUUUAACCUGCUCUCACUGUGGAAAGAGUUUCCCAUUUAAAAGCCGGCUUAUUAGACACACAAGAAUUCACACAGGAGAGAAGCCUUACAUGUGCCAUCGGUGUGGAAAAAGUUUUAUAGAUACAGACACUCUCAAGUAUCAUCUCCGCUGUCACUCUGGAGAAAGACCAUUUGAAUGUGAUGAGUGUGGUAAAACAUUUGUUGUGAGUUCAAGCUUAAAACGACAUCUGAAAACUCACACAAAUGAGAAGCCUCACAUGUGUUCUUUUUGUGGAAGGAGUUUUGCAGACAUGUCCUAUUUUAAGGAACAUCAGAAAAUUCAUACCGGUGUGAGUGAUCAUAUGUGCCUUCAAUGUGGGAAGACCUUUAUUACAGCCUACAACUUGAAACAGCACCAAAUAACUCAUACUGGAGAAAAACCGUACAAGUGCUCACACUGUGGGAAGAGUUUCAAUUUGUCACAAAACCUGAAAAAACAUGAGAGAAUUCAUACUGGGGAGAAACCAUAUGAGUGUUCGUUCUGUGGAAUGAGUUUUGCACGCUUGUUCUGUUUGAAGGGGCACCAGAAAAUACAUAAUGGCACGAAGGCUUAUUUGUGCUCUGAAUGUGGGAAAAUCUUUACUACAGCCAGCAACUUAAAAAUACACCAAAUAAUUCAUACUGGAGAAAAACUUUUCCAGUGCUCACAUUGUGGAAAGAGUUUCACUUGGUCACAAAAUUUGAAAAAACACGAGAGAAUCCAUACUGGAGUGAAACCUUACAAGUGCUCACACUGUGAAAUGAGAUUCACUUGGUCAAAGUCCCUAAAAACACACGAGAGAAUUCAUACUGGAGAGAAACCUUACACAUGCUCAUACUGUGAAAUGAGAUUCACUUGGUCAAAGUCCCUAAAAACACAUGAGAGAAUUCAUACAGGAUAGUCUUGUCUAAUUCUUGUGAUGACUCCUCUCCACCACAGGAUAUCAGCACCUUCGAUCAUUAGACUACAUGCACGUAUUGGCGAUAUGAUUUUGUACAACUCAUGUCAUGAGAACAUUUUACGUAUGUACUGUAUUGUUGUUCUUGUGUUCCAGAUGACCAAGUGCUGCUGAUGUGAGCAGAAUCUUACUAAAUGGUUGCUAAUGACUUUAAAGCAUUGGUUCUUAACCAUUUUCAAUUCACAUUCAAGGCCCUCCAUUGCCCAUGAAAAUCUUUAAAGGCCCCUUUCCCCAGAAAACUAACAGUGUCAGUAGAAUAAAAUACAGUAAUUAUUUAAGUAAUUUAAUUAUUUUAGUCUUGAGGCCCCCUAGUGGGCCCUGGCCCUGACACCUCUGCUUUAAAGGCAUGGUUCAAUACAAGUUAAGCUUACUCAACAGCAUUUGUGGCAUUAUGUUGAUUAGCACAAAAACAUUUUGUCUAGUUUUGGAGGGUUUAGACAAAUUUUUUCUGUAUUUGAGCUGUAAAGAGCGUUACAUCGUCAUGGUAAUUAAGUUACCAAAUUGGACUGUUCUGUACACGAUUUUAUCACACUAAAAUCAGGUUAACACAUUUUGUGUACGUCUUGUUGCUCUACUUUUGAAGCAGAAUUUAAAUGAUUACGGAUUGACUCCAUUCUCUUCCAUUGAAAGUGCCUCACUGUAAACCAUAUUUUUGUUUAAUUCAAGGGACGAGUUUAAUUAAAGUUUUGUGGUAAUCAACAUUAUACCACAUUUUUUUUGAUUGAGCUUAACUUGUAUUGAACCCAGGUUCCACGUUAUAUAUAGUUUGUCAUUGGCAUCAAUCAAACAGUAACCAUUUUUAUUUAUAAUCAAAAAAACUUUUGUUGGUAAUUGUAAAUUUAACUAUACAAUUUAAAGAAAAAUUUUAAAGUAAAUAAUUUUUUGAAGUAAAGAAGAAACAACUAUUCCCAUAAAACAAUUAAAUGUGAUGGAUCACGCAGGGAAUUCUGGGAACGCUCAAUUAUUAUAACAAUAAUUUACUGUAAGUUAAUGUACAUGUACUCUCUUGUAAAACAUAAUAUACAUUUUUACUGUUAAUUAUACGGUAAAAUUAUACUUUUAACAUCGAAAAAAACAUGAUUUUUACAACAUUUUACUGUAUUGUCUUGUUAAAUUUAUUCGUUUUUUUUUUACCUGUUAACCAAUAAUUUUUUUUUGACUAGCAUUUUUACAGUCUUUUACCGUUAAAAUUACGGAUAUUUUUUACAGGUAGUUAAAGAUACAUAUUUGUUACUGUAAUAAGUGAUUUUAUUAUUUUAAUGCAUGAAUUUUAAAAUGGAAUAAAAAAUAAAAACAUUG